AUGGACUCCAACCAGGCGCAUCUCCGCCACCAAAUACAAACUCCCUCCUUUCAAUUCAACCCUAACAACAAGUUCAGAAGGGACCACCCUCCUCGCUCAUUCCCUGCGGGUUCUAUGAAUCCGAACGAGAUGUCGAUGAAGACUGAGGCUGUUGGGCUUGGAAUGUGGUCAGCACCAACACCACAGCACGUAACAAGGCCUCGACCAGCAACGAUACAUGAGACCGGAUUCUCGUAUUGCAUGCCAGAAGAGUAUACGUCAUUGCCAGCCUGGGACUCCUCUACAAUGCCUAUGCAACCUCUCAAUGAUGGACUACCGCAGACGUACACAGUACAACAAGACUUUUACCCCACGACGUCCAAUGGCGAAAACGGCUGGCAUACUAAGCCUUGUGAUGAUGGACUUGACCUUCACGGGCUCGAUACAGAUAUGAAUAUGGGACAAACGUACACUUCGGAUGAGAGUGCACCGAUUCUUGAUUUACGAUACCCUGGGCCUGGAAUGGACAGUGACCGUCUGAGUCUCGAGCAGUCCUACAACUCUCGCCGUAUGUCUGGCUCGUCCUUCACGAUGUCGACCACAGGAGCACUUUCAGAAAUGCCUUCGUACGAAGAUUUCUCUGCGACGUUGUCAGAAGCGCCAUCAUUUAGUUCAGAUUUCCCGCCACCAUCCAACAGAAACUCGUUAAUGUCGUCCACACAGCUUUCACCCGUCGCAUCACCGAGAAUGACUCCUCAAAACCGUUCUGAGCUUGUUCGAACUCAAAGCCGGGGACGCGCUUCUCCUUCACCAAGACCCAGCAUGCGAUCAGCACCAUACACCAUGGAGAGUACCCGCAGUAAGAGAUGGUCGACUGGAUCUUAUGCCCCAUUGCCAAACAGGCGUCCUUCUCCUUUUGUCUAUCAUCAAGGUCAUGAGGUUUUUACACCGCAUCCUCCCAGGAUGUCUUCCCGGCAUUCCUCGCCAACACUGCCAAACACACAGCUCCCUUUGAAUCUUAGCAACCUACAACAAACGCAACAGCAACACCCGUUCAUAUUGGCAAAUAAUACUGGCUUUCACCGAAACAGCAUGCUUCUUCCAUCCCACAACUACCACGAAGCCCAUCAAUUCGAGACACCACCGCCGUUGCUGUCCCACGGACUAUUCCGCAUGCUGCAAAGCAACGCUGACCCACAUUCGUUACACUCCCACUACACCGACUUGAGCGAUCCUCCCGAUCUCUAUGCCUCGCUGCACGAAGAGCAGGUACCACCUCCACCUGAAGAUAUGAACCCAAGUGAUCCAGACCUCAUCCCACACGAGCAAGAACUUCGCUUCGAUGGUGAUCUCUAUACACCUCGUUGGGUGCGAGGUCACGGGAACAAGCGUGAAGGGUGGUGUGGGAUUUGCAAGCCAGGACGAUGGCUCGUAUUGAAGAACAGCGCAUUCUGGUACGAUAAGAGUUUCACACAUGGCAUCAGCGCUGCAACCGGAAGCCCAUUUCAAGAGCCCCAAGAAACUCGUCGAAUGGAUGGAAAUCCAGAUGUGUGGGAGGGUCUGUGCGGAAGCUGUAACGAGUGGGUUGCGCUGGUCAGCAGCAAGAAAAAAGGCACCACUUGGUUCAGACAUGCCUACAAGUGCCAUACGCACCCAAAAAUCAAGGAUGCGCCAAAACGUCGACGAGAAAGCAGUCACACUCGGGCGCUGGGUGCUUCCACCAUGGCUAAGCCGAAGAAUGAGACACCUAUGACACCACAAAUGACUCCCAGAAACGAUUCUUCCAUUAGUAACACACCCGCAACAGGCAUGCUAUCGCAGCACCAACGAAAACCAAUUAGUCCCCUGGACGGUCUGUCCACAAUGAUAUAG